CAGGCGCACAAAAAGGAGCCCAAACAGCGCCCGCUCCCACAAACACGCUGGUCUCCACCCGCCGCCCGCCCGACUUCACUGUAUCUCACACUGUCUGCAAAUCGAUACUUGCCCGGACAAAUAAGAAAAACAACAACGUUUGUAAUUCCUCUAACUGGCUUCCGGCUUUUUGUGGAGUUGCUACAACUGUUGGUGAAGAGAGUGGAGACAUUAGACCGGUUGACUCCCGGUUUAAUUUAUUAUUUUUCCCGUCAUGGAUCGUGAAAAGAUUGUUUUUCUGACAUAAAGAAGAUGUCCUUUUGCACGGAUCUGAUCAUGUUAAACCGCACUCCUCUUCACUGAGCAUCUCUACAGCCACAAACCAGCCAUUAAGAUGGCUUUGCACAGGAUAGCAGGCACUGCGAUGAGUUCAUUAACAACAGGUGUCCAGUAUCUCGGCUCCAACGACGCCAGCUAUGACGACACCUCCGUCGACUCGACUCUGAUCAAGAACCGGUUCCACUUUGAGAAGCCUAACUCCGCCUCCAUCAGUAACUCGCUCCCCGGGCUCGUCCCCGUAAACAAGGAGGUCAUUUACGGCGGCCUCGCUCCCAUUCUCCCCACCAACGUGUCCGACUUCCUGCUCGGCAAUGGCACGUCUGUGGAGAGCCAGUGUGGGGAGGACUUUGUGGACAACAUGGAGUGCUUUAUGAUUUUGACCCCGAGUCAGCAGCUCGCUGUCGCCAUCUUGGCGCUCACCCUGGGAACAUUUACGGUGCUGGAGAACCUCAUGGUGCUGUGUGUGAUCCUGCACUCCCGGACGCUCCGCUCUCGCCCUUCCUACCACUUCAUAGGCAGCCUGGCUGUGGCCGAUCUGAUAGGCAGCAUCAUUUUCGUCUACAGCUUUCUGGAUUUCCAUGUCCUCCACAGGAAGGACAGCCCCAAUAUUUUCCUGUUCAAGCUGGCCGGGGUCAUCGCCUCCUUCACCGCCUCUGUGGGCAGUCUGUUUCUCACUGCGAUCGACCGCUACAUCUCCAUCCACCGGCCGAUGGCGUACAAGCGCAUCGUCACCAAGACCAAGGCGGUCAUUGCCUUUAGUGUGAUGUGGGCCAUCUCCAUCGUCUUCUCUCUGCUGCCGCUGCUGGGGUGGAACUGCAAGCGUCUCAACUCCGUCUGCUCCGACAUUUUCCCCCUGAUCGACCAGAAGUACCUCAUGUUCUGGAUCGGGAUGACAAGCGCCUUGGUCCUUUUCAUCAUCUACGCCUACAUGUUCAUCCUCUGGAAGUCCCACCACCACGCCGUCCGCAUGCUGAGCCGCAGCUCCCAAAGAAGUGUGAUCGUCUACACGGCGGAGGGGACCAAAGUGCAGACGGUGAGGCCCGAGCAGGCCCGGAUGGACCUACGCCUGGCUAAAACCCUGGUUCUGAUCCUCGUGGCCCUCAUCAUCUGCUGGGGCCCGCUGCUAGCCAUCAUGGUUUAUGACCUCUUUGGGAAGGUGAAUGACUUCAUCAAGACUGUGUUUGCCUUUUGCAGCAUGCUCACGCUGCUCAACUCCACCGUGAACCCUGUGAUCUACGCCAUGAGGAGCAAGGACCUGCGCAGGGCCUUCCUCAACCUCUGCCACCUGUGCUGGGGAGCAACGCCGCCUCUGGACAACAGCGCCGACAGCGACUGGAACAGCAGGAGCGUGAGAGGCCCGGCGGGCGGGGCGGGGAAAGAUGGAGUCGUCGGUGGAAAAGCUAGAGUAAAAGUAGCUCAGGUUACCGUUUCUGGAAUGACGGAGACUUCUACUGCAGAGCCGGUCUAAAAGAGAAGCUGCCACGCUCUGGUACAACUGUGAAGUUAUUGUAGGAUAGCCCUAUUCGUCCUGGUGCACUGCUCUGUAACAAUGAAAUGUGCCAAAAUAUGACCUAGAUACAGAACUGAAAAACACGUUCCUGUCGCUUUCAAGCGGAAAUCUGUUAUUAUAGCUGUAUGGUGGAGUGCAAUGGGACUUAAAAAAGUGCAUUAUCUCUUUAUUCUAGUGUUGGUUUAUUUAAAAUGGUUUAUUGGGUUACACAAGUCUGAAUAUGCUGAUGCCUUUUGAAUCUAAUUAUCAUCAGUAAACAAUAGUGGUUCAUAAGAACCAGUUAUUUUCUGCAGUGACCGAUACAGAAUAAAACUAACAUUUGCUGUAGUUUGAAUGUGCAUUAAGUUGUGGAUUUGAGUUUAAAACGUAGACCAAUAUGGUGUUCCAUUUGGUUCUUUUUUUCACAUCACAUCAUGUGGCAUUAAUUCAAGGUUUAAUUGUGUCUCCCUUCAUGCAACAUUGAGUUGUGAAUUACAGCACACAACUUGUAAAUAGAAUUAGCAUCCAUUGAGUGAUUUUAAAUCAGCUAUUAACCAUAAUAUUGUGGCAUUUGGACUUUCUUUAUUUUUGUAACUAUUACUUCGCAAAGCCAAUUGAUGAGUCAUACUACAGAAAUAUGAACAGCUUAUUGAUCAAAUCAAAACUUUAGUCUGUCGUGAAUCGAGAAUGUAACAUACUUGCUUAUAACACAUGUGCUUAUGAAACGGUUGCAACAUUGUGUGAGGAGCUACACUUUGGUAUGUGAGGCAUCCAAUGUGCCAUUGUGUCUCAUAACAGGGAGCCAUAAGAGACAUACCUUCAAUAAAUAUAUUAAAUUUG